AUGGACCUAAAACACAUGAAUUUGCUUCCUUGCCAAAUUACUUCCUUUUACGCUUGUGUGCUGCUGCUACUACUACUACUGACAUUAGCCCCAGCCCAAAACACGACUAGUAGCACCAGCAUCAAAGCUGCAAAUACAACAAAACCAGGAUGCCGUAAGAGGUGCGGGAACGUAACAGUUCCAUACCCAUUUGGUAUUGGCUCAGAUUGCGCCAUUAACUCAGGGUUCGAGGUUAUCUGCAACGUUUCGACUGAUGGUACUCAGAAACCUUUAAUAGGAAGCAUUGAGGUGUACGACAUCUCUGAUGCUGAAUUGCGCGUCGAGAAUGCCAUCGCUUGGAGAUGUUAUAAUGAAAAUGGAUCUAUGUACCGUGAAAAUCUCAAUUGGAUGUAUUUGGGGGGCUCAAGUUAUCCCUAUAGUUUCUCUGCAAGGAACAUGUUUAUCUUGGUCGGUUGCGAUGACAAUGCCCUCAUCACGGGCCCAAACUUUGGGUAUAACUGCUCCACCAGCUGUACCAGCUCGAACGACGUGAUUGACGGUAAAUGCAUGGGUAAUGGCUGCAAUCAGGUGCAUUUGCCCAGGGGCUUUAAAAAUUUUACACCAAUUAUUUCUAGCACACGAAACCACACGGAUGUUUGGGAUUUUAAUCAAUGUGGGUAUGCAUUUCUAGGCGAGGUAGAUCGAUUCCAUUUCAGGGGCCUAGAGGAUGUAAGUAAUGUUACUACCUUUUAUAAGAGUAUUAUGGCUAGUGUGCCCAUUGUGCUCGACUGGGCUAUCGGGGAUUUCACAUGCACACAAGCGCAAGAUGGCAAGGAUUAUGCUUGCAAGGAAAAUAGCGAGUGUGUUGAUUCAGAUGCUGGUUUUGGUGGCUACCGCUGCAGCUGUAAACCAGGUUUUCAGGGCAAUCCAUAUCUCACUGCAGGCUGCCAAGAUGUUGAUGAAUGUUCUGAUCCAAGCGCCAAUACGUGUGAAAAGAACUGCACAAACACCCCAGGGAGUUUCUAUUGUUCUUGCCCCGAUGGAUAUACCGAUGAUGGCAAAAAGGAUGGUCGUAGUUGUAUUCCUCCCUACUCUGAUCAUCAGUCCCUAUGGACGAAGUUCUCUCUAGGUACUGGAGUUGGGUCAAUCUCCCUAGUGGUUGUGAUAACAUUGCUCUACUUUUGCAUCAAGAAAAGAAAGUUGAUUCAAGCCAGGGAGAAGUUUUUCCAACAAAACGGUGGUUUACUAUUGAAGGAAAGAAUAUCCACAAAAGAGGGCGCUGUGGAAGCAACAAGAAUUUUUACAGCUGAGGAGCUCAAGAAAGCUACAAAUAAUUAUGCCAAUGACAGAAUUCUUGGUCAUGGUGGAAAUGGGAUUGUAUAUAGAGGUGUGCUACGUGAUACUCGCAUAGUUGCCAUUAAGAAAUCUAGAACUGUGGAUGAGAGUCAAAUUGAGCAAUUUAUCAAUGAGGUGCUUAUUCUCACUCAAAUCAACCAUCGAAAUGUGGUGAAGUUCUUUGGGUGUUGUUUGGAAGAUGAAGUUCCUUUAUUGGUUUAUGAGUAUGUCUCUGAAGGAAAUCUGUACGAGCACAUUCACAACCAACGUGGAGCGGGUUGGUUAACUUGGCAAAACCGUUUGAGAAUUGCAGCAGAGAUAGCCACUACACUUGCUUAUCUUCAUUCAUUUGCGUCCAUGCCUAUCAUUCAUAGAGACGUUAAGUCUGCCAACAUAUUGUUGGAUAAUAUUUACACAGCUAAGGUGGCAGAUUUUGGAGCAUCAAGGUUAAUUCCUCUAGAUCAGACACAUGUGGCUACAUUGGUUCUAGGGACAUCAGGUUAUUUGGAUCCAGAAUAUUCUCGCACGAGUCAACUGACGGAGAAAAGUGAUGUUUACAGCUUUGGAGUACUUCUGGCAGAACUUUUGACAGGGUUGAAACCUAUUAUUAGAGCUAGAAGUGAAGAGAACAAGAAUUUGGCCGAUUUUUUUGUGUUGUCCAUGAACUCGAAUAGCUUGUUUCAUAUUAUUGAUCAUCGUGUUUUGCGGGAAGGGAGUCUUGAGCAACUCCAAAAGAUGGCUGAGCUGGUGAAGAACUGCCUUCAGCCGCAUGGAGAAGAUAGGCCUACAAUGAAGGAUGUGUCUAUUGAACUUGAAGGUUUGAGGAAGGUAACCGGAAUCUCUUCGUCUAGUCAACAUGAACAGGAAGAAUAUGAUCAGGAUGAAAGAUCAGAUCUUUACACAGUUCCCAUUAACUCCUAUGAAAAUACCCCCAAUUCAGAUAGUUCUCGUAUAAUGCAUCCUACAUACAGUCCAAGUUGA